UCAUUUUGUUCAGGCAGCUCAGCGGACACCUCUGUUUACAAUAAUUUCCCAGCAUUCCUUGCUCACUUUCCUUUCCGCCAUCUUCUUCCCCACAGUGACGGUGACUCACCUGGAAAAGACUGACGAUGCCUGGAAGACUGUGGAGUAAAGCCAUCUUCACCGGCUAUAAGCGCGGUCUGAGGAACCAGCGUGAACACACGGCGCUGCUGAAGGUGGAGGGCUGCUACACCCGAGACGAGGUGGACUUCUACCUGGGGAAGCGCUGCGCCUACGUCUACAAGGCCAAGAAGAACACGGUGACGCCAGGUGGCAAACCCAACAAGACCCGUGUGAUCUGGGGGAAGGUGACCCGAGCCCACGGGAGUAGCGGGAUGGUCCGAGCCAAGUUCAGCAGCAAUCUGCCGGCCAAGGCCAUGGGACACCGAGUCAGGGUGAUGCUGUAUCCGUCUCGAGUGUAAGAGGAAACGUCUGCAGCGUCGAUGUUCUUGUUUGUACAGAAACAAUAAAACUGAUGUCAGGUCCA